GACAUAGUCACAAAGUGUAUUUCCGAUCCACCCUAGUCCACCAUGGCGCAAGGCAAAACGAAAGGACUUCAGUCAAAGGGCGCAAACUCGAGACACGCCGCUAAGGCGGCAUCUGGAACGAAGAAGGGGAAAAGAUUCAUCGCUCCAAAGAAAACUGUCCUUGUACAACAAGCAGCGCUUCACAAGAAUCUGACUGCUAAGAUCAACAAAUCAAUUGAACAACAAAUGGUAGCCGCCGCGUCUAACGGCAAAUUAACCAUUAUGAAGAAUGGCCCGGUAGAUAGUUCUUCGAAGCCAUCAGUCAAAGGCAAAUGAGGACCCUGGUGCUCGCUGCAGAAUGUCCUGGGACGUCGCUCGUCGGAGCCUCUAUGCAGCGCUCAUCGGUCAUGCAAAAAUCGACUCGGACGCACUCGCAUAACGGAAGGCUGGACGUACCUGCGAGAUCCGAUGCAACUAUGAUCUGCAUACAGUGCUCAGUGGGCAGGCAUCUCCUCGGGUGGGACGGUGUCUCGUAUGUGAUAGAGUGAUAUAACCCCCUUUUCUUCCUUCAAUAACUACUACCUAUGCCGAGCGCUGAUCAAUGGAAGUGUAUGAAGACGUUUUGAAAAUCAUCUCGGGCGUGUUUCGCAUCAUAAGGCCGGGCCGGUUGACAUGGUCGCCUUCUCUGCCUCUCAAAGACAGCGGAUUGAUGAGCUACUGCGCGAUUCUGUAGAUUCGAAGACGACAUCUGCUUUGUUCUAUGGGGUUACCGAUGUCAACGGCCCGAUCUACAUGAACCACGUCGGACACAAACUCAUUGACGAUCCUGCCAGCGAUCGUAUCAAUGAAGACACUGUGUUCUGGUUAUGCAGCCAAAGCAAGCUUGUGACUUCUAUCGCAACUCUCCAGCUGAUAGAUCAGGGCAAGAUCACUCGUGACACCUUGGCGGAAACGAUCUUACCAGAGUUGGCCAAUCUCCUCGUAGGCUCGCUCCCCGGCAUUCCUCUCCGCUUCGACCCAGGCACUGAUUUUGCAUAUGGAUUUUCCAGUGACAUAGCCGGUUUCAUCGUCGAACGAGUAUCCGGGAAGACGCUGGAACAAUAUUUCAAGGAUCACAUAUUCAACCCCCUCGGGAUCGCAUCGACCACCUUCUAUCCCACAGACCAAAUCAAACAAGCGCUUCUUCCUCUGUCGUAUCGGACAAAGAAAGGGGAGAUCGAGCGGUGGAACGCUCCCCCUGUAGUUGACAUGGAUCCUGCCAACGUCAAAGUUUUCCUUGGCGGGGUGGGGUUAUACUCUACGCAGAAAGACUAUCUGGCUAUCCUGCGUCAUCUACUACAAAUUAAAGCUGGUGUCGCUUCCGAACCUAUCCUUACGCUUUCGACCGUGGAAAGUCUAUUCCAGCCAACUUUAUGCACGAAAGCAGCAGACACUAUCAACAUACAAAUGCCUAUUUUCAGUAGAUACUUGAAUGCGCCAGUAGGCUGUGGGCAAUGGAGCACUGGGCUUCUCGUCAAUCUGGAAGAUGUCCCAGGUAAACGCAGGAAGGGCUCCGGUGCAUGGGGCGGAUGGGCGUCCACCACUUACUUUAUGGACCCCGCCAGCGGUAUCGCGGUCUUGAUGGGUGCUCAGUUGGUGCCCAGUGGAGAUGACGAGUACGAGAAACUCUUCGGCAUAUUGGAGAGCGAAGUGUACAAGGCGAUCAGCUGAGGAU